AGAGAGCUUUUGGGUCCUUCUUCUCUAUCGAGCUGUGGCGGGGGUCAUCCUAGCUUCCGAGCCAUGGAGGUAGCCGCCACCGCUGCCGGGUCUAAUCGGUAAACGACGCCCCAACGAAAACCGGGAAGGGUGGAUCUGUGUGCUUUCUCUCUCCAAAGAUCAGAUCCUUUAGAAGAAGAUCUCCCUCGCCUGCAGGGAGCCACUCCUCUGACCAUGGGCAACGAAGCGAGCCUGGAGGGAGGCGAAGGCUUGACCGGGCUCCCUGAAGGUGUGGCAGCGGCCGCACCUGGAACAGCCACAGAUGGCAGGUUGCAAAGAGCCCCUUUGCAGACCAUGAUCCCAGCGGGCGUGGAGGCGGAUUUGAGCCAGCUCAGCGAGGAGGAGAGGAGACAGAUUGCGUCUGUCAUGUCAAGGGCGCAGCAGGGGCUACCCAAAGGAAACCUCGUCGGCCCCUCCAGCGCGGAACCGCCUCCCUUGCAAAGACAUCAUCAGCUUGAUAGCAGUCACCAUCCAAGACAACCAAGCAAGCCCCCAGAUCCUGGACUGCCCACUAUAAGCAAAAGCAGGACAGUAGAUACAUUGAAAACAGAGCAGCGAGUGCCUGGAAGGAGCUCAUCUUCCACUACUCUGAGGCAGUCUAAAUCAAGGACUGAUUUUAAAGAAGAUCAGAAGCCAAGUAUGAUGCCCAGCUUCCUCUCUGAUGCCAACCCGUUUGGCGCAGUCACUUCAGUUGUAAACAAAUUCAAUCCUUUUGAUUUGAUAUCUGACUCAGAUGUAGCCCAGGAAGAGACUUCCAAGAAAUCUGUUCAGAAGGAUCAGGAAAAGCCUGAACAGCAAAAAGGACUCAUCAAGCAACCAAUUCAGCAACAAACACCAAAGCCGACAGAUCCACAGCAAGGAGCUAAACCAGCCCCACAGAAAACAGGGCCUUCUAAACAGGCGCAGCAGCAUCAACAACAACAACUUGGGGUAGCUAAGCAGGCUCAGAAACCAGGACCUGGCCAGCCCCUAGGCCUGAAGUCAAAAGAAGCAAAGCAGCAACAAGGGCCACACAAAACUCAGCCCUCACAAUCAGAGUCUGUGAAAGCUGUUCAACAGCAGAGCCCUGCAAAACCUUCCCCACAACAGCCAGGUGCAGCAAAAGCACCACCACAGCAACUUGAUGUGGCUAAACCAUCCUCCCAAGCACCUACUCCUACAAAACCAUCAGCCCAACAAGGGACGGUACCUGGCAAACAGCCUCAGCAGCCAGAUGGGCUUCCAAACGCCCUCCAAGCAGCAGGGCUCAGCAAACAACCAUCACAGCAGCUGGGGGGUCUUGUGAAGCCAUCUCCCCAGCCAGCAGGCUCUGCAAAGCAACUAUCACAGCAGCCAGGAGGACCUGCAAAGCCAUCAGUAAAGCAAGCUGGACCGACGCAGCAACCACAGCAGCAGCCAGUACCUAUAAAAUUGUCCACUAGUCCUGAAGAACUUUCCCAGCAACAACAUGUGGCUUCAUCUCAGCAGGCACCACAACCCGUAGAAACAACCCCAAAGAAAACUUUCUGCCCUCUUUGCACCACCACAGAACUGUUAUUGCUUACUCCAGAAAAGGCCAAUUACAAUACAUGUACUCAGUGUCAAACUGUAGUCUGCAGUCUAUGUGGGUUCAAUCCUAAUCCGCAUUUAACUGAGGUUAAAGAAUGGCUUUGUUUGAACUGCCAGAUGCAAAGAGCUUUAGGUGGUGACUUAGCUCCAGUUCAUGGCUCUGGACCAAAGCCCUCUGCAUCCAAACAAAAGAUGCUUGCUCCAGCUUCGGGAACUAAACCACCUUCUCAACCUCAGCAGCCUAUGCAAAAGAAAGAAGUUCCUCUAAAGCCUCAGUCAGCAGAACACAAAAAGCCACCAACAGAGACAAAACAGCCAACCAUAACCACUUAUCAAUCAAAGGCUCCUAUUGCUGAUUCUCAGCUAAUAGAAUCCACCCCUAAAUGUGACCCGGCCAAACCAACAUUUGUUGAAGAUAAACAAAAACAAUCUAGUAUUCAGAAACUUGCAAGUGAUGCUUCUCCAUCAGAUAGCAAACAAGAUUCACCUGGUCCCAAAACUUCAGCAACACAACAAAAAAUGGUGCAUUCUCAGAGACCAGAGGAUAACAAGCUAUCUCAAGGUGCACCUCCAGCUGUAGAUAAAGCUGCUCCUCCAGAUUCCAAAACUUCACCUCAAGUGUCUCAACAGAAAUCUGAUCCCAAACUUGUUUCUCAGCCUGGAGCUGAGUUGGAUGCUAAAACCCAAAAGCAAGCUGAGCCAGUGGAAGUAAAAGAAGACCCUAAGAAAAUGCAACGUCAAAUGAGUCCUAAACCAGAUACCAAGCAGGCCUUUAAAGGACAGCCAACCACUACAGGCCCCAAACCCACCCAAGCCCAGCCACAACCUCAGCUUCAGCAGUCUCACAAAACACCAGAACAAUCUAGGCGCUUCAGUCUUAAUGUGGGAGGUAUUACUGAUGCCCCUAAACCACAGCCAACAACCCCUCAAGAAACAGUUACUGGGAAACUCUUUGGAUUUGGUGCAUCAAUUUUUAGUCAGGCUUCCAAUUUAAUCUCCACGGCAGGCCAGCCACAGGAUCCUCCACCUGGGUCCCCAUCAAAGCAACCCCCUCCUUCUUCACAACUCUCAGCCUCACAGAAAGACAUCUGUCAAGCUCAACCAUCUCCCAAAGCAACACCCAUGAAAAAAGAAACCAAACCUCCUGUAACAGAAAAAUCAGAACCACCCAAAAUGGAAGGCAUCUCCACUGAAGAUGCAGUGAUGGAGAAGAAGCCUUUGACUGCCAAAGAUACCAAGCCUCCAGCUGUUGAAGUUAAGCAAAGUGCUCCUCCACCAGAAACACUGCAUCCUUCACUGCCAACAUCUGCUUGCCCUCUCUGUAAAACUGAGUUAAACCUUUGUUCUAAGGAUCCUCCCAACUAUAAUACAUGUACAGAAUGCAAGAAUGUUGUGUGUAACCUCUGUGGAUUUAAUCCGAUGCCACACACAGAGAUACAAGAAUGGCUGUGUUUAAACUGCCAGACACAAAGAGCUCUGUCAGGACAACUUGGAGAUAUGGACAAAAUUAUACCUCCUAUAUGCUCAAAAUCAUCAACCAAGCCAUCAACUGUUCCUCAAAGCCACCCUAAACCUGCUGAGUCACCUCACCAACAGAAGACUUCAGCUGAACCUGCUCAGAUGCUGGAAAAACAGAAAGGAGGUCCAGAAGUUCAGAAGCAAGAUCCAAAACUUCAGCAAAGAAGAUUGGCAAAGACAAUUUCUGCUGAAAAAAUCCAAGAGGGUGUUCAAAAGGAAGAUUCAAAUGCUAAACAAGAAAAACUCGCAAAAAUAUCAUCAGCUGAUAAAAUAAGUGCAAACAUAGAUGAUUCAAAAGUUCAAAAAAUAAAAUUGGCAAAAAUACCCUCUAAUUAUCAAAUUAUGAUAGAAGAGACAAAAUUGACCACUAAGCCAUCUGCUGAUAAGAUCUCAGAAGACAUGAAGAAGGAAGAGACAACGGAAGUGACAAAAAUAUUACCAUCUGAUAACAUUCAGAAAGAAGAUCCAAAGCUUCAGCAGGUGAAAUUGACCAAAACACUAUCACUUGAGCAAAUUAAAAAAGAAGCUCAGCAUAUGAAAAUGGCCAAGACAGCUGAUCAAAUUCGAAAGGAAGAUCCAAAGCUUCAGCAAGUUAAAUUGGCCAAGACUUUGUCUGCUGAUCAAAUUCGGAAGGAGGAUCCAAAAACCAUGCAAGUGAAAUUGACAAAAAUGCCAUCUGCUGAUAAGAUCCUACAGGAAGUUCAAACUGAAGACUCAAAACUUCCAGAAUUUUUUUUGACAAAAAUACCCUUAGCCAGUGAAAUUAAGAGAGUAAAUAUAAAUUUUCAGCAGGCAAAACUAGCCAAAAUGCCAUCAGCUGAUCAAAUUUUGAAGGAGGACUCAAAACUACAACAGUCAAAACUCAUGAAGACCCCUUCUGCUGAUCAGCUUCAAAAGGAUGAUCUGAAACUUCAGCAAGGAGAACUCUUACAGACACCUGUGAUGGAUACAGUUUCUUUUAAGACAAGUACCGAUCAGACUCAAUUGGCAAAAACACUGGAGGAUGACCCCAGAUUUCCACUCUCACACGAGAUACCUCAUUUGCCUGAGGCCAACAUAGGUACAGCAGAAGAGAAACUAAAAGCCAAAGUGCAUUCAGGAACAAAAGGAGAAAUUAAAAAAGAGGAUUCAACAGCCAGGAUUCCAGAAACCUUAUCCAAAGAUCAAAAAUUCCCAAAAGAAGAAAUCUCAGUUCCAUCAAUACCAUUGCCGAAGCCUGAUCAUGUAGAAGCCCUAAAAGAAAAACCAGAGAAAGAAGAUGACAAAUCAGAAACAUCAAGCUCACAGCAGCAAAAAAGUCCUCAAGGCCUAAGUGACACGGGAUAUUCAUCUGAUGGGAUCUCAAGUUCACUUGGUGAAAUUCCCAGUUUUAUCCCAAGUGAUGAAAAGGAUAUGCUUAAAGAACCUUGUAAAAAAGAAAGCCUUUCAGAAGAAAGUAGUCCAACCAGUCCUUCUGAUCUUGCAAAACUGGAAAGCACUGUCUUGUCAAUUUUGGAAGCUCAGGCAAGUACUCUUGCUGAAGAGAAGCCAGGGAAGAUCAAAAUCCUUUAUGGUGUUCAUAGUGAGCAGACAAAGGAUCCAGAUAAAACAAAGCCUCUUCCUAUCACACCAGAAUCUGACAGUUCUGAUGAAGAACAUUUGGCAAAAGCAAAUUUUCAAAGAAAAAAUGGAGGAACUUCCACUGAAGGUGAUAAACAAAGUGUACUAUCUUCUUGGAAGGGGUGCAAGCAAAAGACAGAGGCAGCAGAAGAUGCAUCAACAAGAAGACAACGCUAUGACUCUGUGGAAGAUAGCAGUGAGAGUGAGAAUUCGCCUGUCCCACAGAGAAAAAGACGGACUAGUGUUGGUUCUUCAAGCAGUGAUGAAUAUAAACCAGAAGACAGUCCAGGCUCUGGUGAUGAUGAAGACUUCAUUCGAAAACAGAUAAUGGAGAUGAGUGCUGAUGAAGAUGCUUCAGGUUCUGAAGACGAUGAAUUUAUCAGGAAUCAGCUGAAAGAAAUCAGUGCAAAUGAAAGUCAGAGGAAGGAAGAAGUGAAGAUUAAAAAAGGAUUAUCUGGAAAACAUAAGAGAAUGACUCGCAAAGGUAGCACUGGAUAUGAAGAGGAUGCUGGCAGGCGCCAUUCCUGGCAUGAUGAUGAUGAUGAGACCUUUGAUGAAAGUCCAGAAUCAAAAUACAGGGAAACAAAAAGUCAAGACAGUGAAGAAAUCUCCAUAACUGGAGGAGGUGGCCUUCGCCGUUUCAAAACAAUAGAACUGAACAGCACAAUUACAAAUAAAUAUUCUGAGGAAUCUGAACAACCAAAGCGAAGUCUAUAUUUUGAUGAAGAGCCAGAGUUAGAGAUGGAAAGUCUUACAGAUUCACCAGAGGAUAGGUCAAGGGGAGAAGGAUCAUCUAGUUUGCAUGCCUCCAGUUUUACUCCAGGUACAUCUCCUACAUCAGUGUCAUCGCUUGAUGAAGACAGUGACAGUAGUCCCAGUCACAAAAAAAUGGGAGGUGAAAGCAAGCAGCAGCGUAAAGCCAGACAUAGGACACAUGGCCCUCUUCUCCCAACUAUUGAAGAUUCUUCUGAAGAAGAGGAGCUUAGAGAGGAAGAAGAGCUACUAAAAGAGCAAGAGAAACAACGUGAAUUAGAGCAGCAACAAAGGAAAAGCAGUAGCAAAAAAUCAAAGAAGGACAAGGAUGAGCUCAGAGCCCAAAGAAGGAGAGAACGGCCAAAGACACCACCAAGUAAUCUUUCUCCGAUUGAGGAUGCUUCUCCAACAGAGGAAUUGCGUCAGGCAGCAGAAAUGGAAGAGCUACAUCGUUCUUCCUGUUCUGAAUACUCACCAAGUAUUGAGUCAGAUCCUGAAGCCUUUGAAAUCAGUCCAGAAAAAAUAAUAGAAGUGCAGAAGGUUUAUAAAUUGCCUAUGGCUGUCUCUUUAUAUUCUCCUACAGAAGAGCAUCCUGUAGGGUUUGUCAGAGAAGAGAGUGGCCAAAAGACUUUUAAAAGUGCUGAACGUGUAUAUAAAGAAGUGCUGCAAACAUCCCACAAAACCAAGCCAUUUCCAGAAACCAAUGAAAAAGAUGAAGGGUUUGAAAAAGAGCCUUUAUAUGGUGGCAUGUUGAUAGAGGACUAUAUAUAUGAAUCUUUAGUAGAAGGUGCCUACAGUGGGACUAUUGAGGCUAACCUUAUGACAGUACAAGCUGUGAGUGAUGAAUUUAGCCAACCGAAAGACAAAGAGAAAAUAUCAAAGCCUUCAGACCAGACAUGUGGAGAACCUAUGCAAAAAUCUACAGAUUUACAAAAAGACUAUUACAGAAUAGAGCCUUUGGACUCCAUUAUGCCUCAAGAAGAUAUUGUAUCUAGCUCUUACAUCAUGCCAGAAAGUCAUGAGAUAAUUGUUUUAGAUAGUGUGGCACCAUGUUCCAGUGAUGAAAAACAGCUAUUAGAUGCAGAUGCCGCUUAUGAGGAGCUUAUGAAGCGACAACAAAUGCAGUUGACCCCGGGUUCCAGUCCUACCCAACCAUCUCCAGAAUUAAUUACUGUCUCGGACACAAGGACAAGUACAUCUGGCAAGGCCAUAGACAGCACAUCGCUAAUAUCAAGUACUGCUUCAUCAGCUUCAGACAUACUAUCAGUAAGCUCUGUAGUGCUUUCUAUUCCAGAUGUUAAAAUUACUCAGCACUUUACAACUGAAGAAAUAGAGGAUGAGUAUCUCACAGAUUAUGCCCGGGAGAUUGAAGAAAUAAUUUCCCAUGAGACAUCCAUAUUGGCAUAUUCGGAGGCCUCAGAAAGUGUAGCAUCAAUUUUACCAUCAGAUACAUCUUCCCUUACAUCAUCCACAUCUUCAGUUUACACCCCUGGUAGCUCUUCACCUGUGGCUGGACCGGACAGCAUGACUUCAGGCUACAUAGAAACAGUGGAUGCUAUUAGCAAGUUAUCAGAUUCUGAAGGGACCAGUACAGUGUCUCAGGUUCCUAUAAGUUACACAAAAGAGUAUUCUGAAUAUGUUGUGUUACCCCCUGAAGAGGCACUUGCAGCCAAAGAUGUAACACAUGUGGAUCAGGUUGUGGUUUCUCUGCCUGAAACAGAGUUCCUUGUAUCAACACCUGUAGAAAAAAUAUCCAAGCCCCUUGGAUCUGUCUCAUCUUCCUUGGAAACCUUUUCGCCAGAAGAAGCAGCUAGAAAGGGUAUGGCAAAGUUUGAUGUUGCAAAGGGACUUCAUGAAAAUGAGCAGAAAAGAGCUCCUGAUAACACAACAAAGAGCACUUUAACAGAUGCUGAGCAGAAAAUUGCAUGUACAGCUCCAGUUAUAGAACAAGCACUAGUAACAACCUCUGUUACUUCUACUGUGUCUGUGUUGCCAUCUGCAGUUUCUUCAGUUCCCACUAUUACAUCUAAAACAUUCUCAUUUUUCAGAAGCUCUUAUUUAGAUUCUCCUGCUCAGCCAUCUCCCCCUCCUGCUGCUCAGCCAUCUCCCCAUCCUCCUAUUCAGCCAUCUCCCCCCCCUCCUCCUCCUCCCCCACCACUGCCCCCACCUAUUCUGCCUAAGCCAUCUAUUUAUCCUAAAAAGAAGCCAUUGGCUAAGGCUCCAGUGAUGACAACUCCUGCCCUUGCACCAUCUGCCAGCAGUGUCAACAUAGUAGAUACAACACCUGACAUAAAAAGUAGUGGGCUGCCUGUCACAAAAGUAUCAAUACCUCCUCCUGUCCCUCCCAAGCCAUCUUCAAUUCCAGCAGGACUUGUGUUCACUCAUAGACCUGCUGAAGUAAUAAAGCCUCCAAUUGCUCCCAAACCAGCAGUUCCUCAAUUACCAGCUAUUGUUCAGAAACCAGCAGAAAUCCAGUCAAAACCAAUAGGGUUGUCUUUAACCAGUAGUAUGACUUUGAACUUGGUUUCCCCAGCUGAAUAUAAGCUGAUGUCCCCUACAUCACCAUUAUCUCCACAUUCUAACAAAUCUUCCCCAAGACUGUCCAAGCCCUCUCAGGAAACCUAUGUUGUUAUAACAUUGCCCUCUGAGCCUGGAACUCCAACAGAGUCUAUUACCAGCCGGGCAAUUACCAGUUGGUCUUCAGAAUCACCCCCUAAAGAAUGGACUCCACAGAGUGUGCCAUCAUUAUUCACUCCAUCUAUGGGUGCUCUGCAAAUUCAAUGCACAAGUGAUCAAGCAAAGUAUGUUCCAGGUGCAUUGCAACCAGUUUCUGCUGCUCCUGUUGCUGCACGGUCAGUUUUUGAGAUAGUCCCUAGUUCAGCAACACAGUUAAUAACAACAGAGGUUGCCAGAACUACAGUGUCUUUGGUUAAAAGUGCUGGUUUAGGUAGUGUUUCCAUAACUAUGCCCCCAGAACCAGCACAUAUAGUAGAACCACCCAGAUAUAGAGAAAAUGGAAGAUUCCAUCUCUUUGGUGAUGUAAUUGAUCUUCGCACAUUAACUAAAAUAGACAUUGAAAGGACAGACAGCUGUAUGGACCUAUCUGCUGCUCCUAUGGAUGUGAGAAGGCAGAUUAUGCCAAGUGACACAUCUGGGCGGCUAGUAAGCACUGUUCAACCAUCUAUCAUAAAUCUCAGCACUACAUCAACAGCAGAGCCCUUUUUAGCUCCAGUCACUGAAACAAUUACAAUAGUUACCUGCACAGCUACUUUAAGUUAUAGCACAAAUACAGACAGUCUUGUGGAUCUGGGGCAUGCAAUGACAACUCCAUUGCAGCUAACAACAUCAAAACACUUUGAGCUUGGACCUAGAAUAACAAGUAGUCAGGUACCCUCUGCUGGCAGAGAUGAAGUGCCAAUAAAUCUGUCUCUGGGUACUCCAGCACAUGCAGUUACAUGGGCCACUACAAAGCCUGUUACUGUACCUCCUCUGAGUGUAACUAAUGGUUGGACUGAUGCUGCCCAUGAACCAAUAGAGAGUGGGGUAGUUGACCUCACUACCACAAAAUCCCACAGAACCAUGGUGACAGUGGAUGAAACAACCCUGGGAAUUGUUACGACUGUAAUAGAAGAUGAUGAAAAACCUGUGGAUCUGACUGCAGGGAGAAGGGCCGUUUGUUGUGAUGUGAUUUACAAGUUUCCAUUUGGCAGGAGCUGUACAGCUCAGGCACCUGCAACAACAUUACCUGAAGAUCGUUUUGGUUAUAGAGACGAUCACUAUCAGUAUGACCGUUCGGGGCCCUAUGUUUAUAGAGGAGUCGGGGGUAUGAAACCUUCUAUGUCAGAUACCAAUUUAUCAGAAGCUGGACUUUUUCUGUACAAAAGCAAGAAUACCUUUGACUACCAAGUUGGGCCAACCGACGUAGCAGUAGACUUAACUUCCAGCAGAGAAACGACAGGUGAAAUUAUGGAUUACUCCAGCAAGAUUACUGGUUCUUACCCAGAGACUCGACAAGUGAUUUCUAGCAUUGGGAUCAAUGCACCUCAAUAUUCCCAAGCAAGAAUAGUACCAUCCCCAGGAUCCCCGUAUGGCAUUGGAAGUGUUUUAAGAUCAUCCAAUGGGGUUGUUUAUUCAUCAGUUGCAACACCAGUCCCAUCUACAUUUGCUAUCACCACACAGCCUGGUUCUAUUUUUAGUACUUCAGUUAGAGAUCUAUCUGCUCUUCAAACAGUUGACACAAUGCCCUCAUUAUCUGACUUGCAACAGAGCCAGGCACUUCCAAGAUCAUACAAUUUCUUGACCACUGUAGCCUCUGAAAAAGGUGAUGCAGUUACUAGCAUUGACAUUGACCCAGGGUUGGAACCUAUAGAACCUAUUACCACUGAACUGACCAACAUGAUGCCUGUCUUCACCACAGCUUCUGAUGCCUUCAUAGAUGUAAUUGAGGAUGAAGCUACCCUUCUCAUUGCCCCUGAAGAAGGCAAACAGCAGCAUCUUGACUUGGAACGCGAACUUUUAGAACUCGAAAAACUGAAGCAGCAGCGCUUUGCAGAGGAGCUAGAAUGGGAACGACAAGAAAUACAAAGGUUCAGAGAACAAGAACAGUUUAUGGUUCAAAAAAAACUUGAAGAAUUGCAAUCUAUGAAACACCACCUUCUAUAUCAGCAAGAAGAGGAGAGACAGGCUCAGUUCAUGAUGAGACAGGAAACAUUAGCCCAGCAGCAACUACACAUUGAACAAAUCCAGCAACUUCAGCAGCAGCUUCACCAGCACUUGGAAGAGCAAAAAAUCCACCAGAUUUAUCAGUAUAAUUAUGAUGCUUCAGGAGCUGUGUCCCCACAAACAACCACAGAUCAAGUAAAUCUUGAAGGUCAGUAUGCUGCUGCAAAUGGUCAGUUUUGGACUGGUGAUGGAGCUGCUACCACUACUUCUGCUGUACUGGGGAUUGACAUUCCACAAAGCCAAGCCUGGUACACCAUUCAGCCAGAUAGCAUUAGCCAAUACAUUCCCAGACCUGGCAUGUUAAGUUCUGUUUCAGAGAUGUCUCUUAAAGACAUUGAUGUGAAAGAGGAAAAACAGCUGAAAAAGAGGAGCUCCAUGCCAAAGUUGCGUGGCCCAUAUGAGGAAUUUGAUGGAGCCAUGGAAGAAGAACCCAGGAGUCUUAAAAAGAUAGUGGAGAGCAGCGUUCAAACAGAUGAUGAGGAUAGUGCAGAUAUGGACUACAGAGACAGAAGACGAAGUGCUAAAAAGGGGAUUGAUACAAGUGUUCAGACUGAUGAUGAGGACCAAGAUGAAUGGGAUCCUACCAACAGAUCAAGAAGGAAGACUCGUGUGGGGAAAUAUGAAGGUACCACUGAGGUGGACAAGACUAAGCCAUUUCCCAAAGUCUCCAGUAUUGCAGUGCAGACAGUGGCAGAAAUUUCUGUACAAACAGAGCCUGUAGGAACAAUAAGGACCCCGUCAAUAAGGGCUGAGUUAGAUGCAAAGAUAGAAAUAAUAAAACACAUUUCAGCUCCAGAAAAGACAUACAAAGGAGGAAGUUUGGGAUGUCAGACAGAAACAGAUGCAGAUACCCAAAGCUCCCAAUAUCUCACAGCCACCUCCCCUCAGAAAGAUAAAAAGCGCCCAACACCUUUGGAAAUAGGUUAUUCAUCUCACCUCCACCCAGAACCCACACUUCAGGUAGCCCCUUCCCCUCCCAAAUCCCCCAAAGUACUCUAUUCCCCAAUUUCCCCUGUUUCUCCAGCUGCAGUUAUAGAGUCAGCUUUUGUACCCUAUGAAAAACCGAUAACUGAAGACAUUAGUCCUCAGAAGAGUCUGCAUGCUGAUGUUACCAAGCUUCCUCAGCUGAGCCCAAAGUCUGCCAAGGUGAUGCAGCGUUCUUUGUCUGACCCGAAACCUCUGAGCCCAACAGCAGAAGACAGCGCCAGAGCUCAUUUCCAGUACACUGAUGGUUUCAUGGCUAAGGGAUCUACAGCAUCUUCAGGAAUGCAAAAGAAGGUGAAGAGGACUCUGCCCAAUCCACCUCCAGAAGAUGUUGCAGUAGGAACACAAUCAGCUUUCACCACUGUGGGGUCAGUUUCACGCCGAAGGAUCUGUAGAAGCAAUACCAUGGCCAGAGCUAAAAUCCUCCAAGAUAUAGAUAGAGAAUUGGAUCUAGUGGAACGAGAGUCAGCCAAGCUUCGGAAGAAGCAAGCAGAGCUAGACGAAGAGGAGAAAGAAAUAGAUGCAAAACUUCGAUAUUUAGAAAUGGGCAUCAAUCGACGAAAAGAAGCAUUGCUAAAAGAAAGAGAAAAGAGAGAGCGUGCCUACCUUCAGGGAGUAGCAGAAGAACGUGAUUAUAUGUCUGACAGUGAAGUUAGCAGUACCAGGCCUACCAGGAUAGAAACUCAGCAUGGCUUAGAAAGACCACGGACUGCACCUCAAACAGAAUUUGAUCAAUUUAUACCCCCACAAACCCAACCGGAAACUCAGUUUGCAACUCCUACAAGUCCUUAUACACAGUAUCAGUAUUCUUCAUCUGCCCUUCCUACACAAGCACCAACACAGUACACCCAGCAAUCUCAUUACCAACAGCAGCCUUUAUAUCAGCAGCAGGUUUCUCCCUAUCAGACCCAAUCAGCAUUCCAGCCUGUGGCAACCAUGUCCUUUACUCCUCAAGCUCAGCCAUCACCAACCCAACAGCCUUCGUAUCAGCUCUCUUCACAAUUGAUGGUGAUCCCACAAAAAUCAAGGCAGACUUCAUUAUACUUGGAGCCCAAGAUAACAUCCAAUUAUGAUGUGAUUCGGAAUCAGCCCCUCAUGAUAGCACCUGUUUCCUCUGAUAACACAUUUGCAGUUUCCCAUUUGGGAAGUAAAUACAGCACCUUGGACUUAAGGAUGGGGCUAGAUGAGAGGAGCAGCAUGGCCAGUAGUCCCAUCUCAAGCAUAUCUGGAGACUCAUUCUACGCAGACAUAGACCAUCACACAUCGCGCAAUUAUGUACUAAUUGAUGAUAUUGGGGACCUCACUAAAGGAACAUCAGCUUUGAGCUCUGCUUAUGGUCUUCAUGAGAAGGAUCUAACCAAAACUGAUCGGCUCCUUCGCACUACUGAGGCCCGGAGGGUGCAAGAAGUCUCAGAUUUCCUUGCACCACUGCAAACAUCUUCUCGAUUGCAUAGCUACAUGAAAACUGAUGAGGAUCCUAUGGAAGACCCUUAUGAACUGAAACUUCUAAAGCAUCAGAUCAAGCAAGAGUUCCGCCGAGGUACAGAAAGUUUGGACCACCUGGCAGGUCUUUCACAGUAUUACCAUGCAGAUUCUAGCUACCGACAUUUCCCCAAAUCUGAGAAAUACAGCAUUAGUAGACUUACCUUAGAGAAACAAGCUGCCAAACAGCUUCCAGCAGCUCUUCUUUACCAGAAGCAGUCAAAGCAUAAGAAGGCCUUGACAGACCCCAAAUUGUCUAAAUUUUCACCCAUUCAAGAAAGCAGAGACCUUGAGCUUGAUUAUUCAACCUAUUUGACUUCCAGCACCUCAUCACUUGGGGGCAUCACCUCAAGGGCAAGGCUUCUUCAGGAUGAUAUCACAUAUGGCCUCCGAAAAAAUAUCACAGACCAACAGAAAUAUAUGGGGCCAACACUAACACAUACACUUGGUACAAACUUCGGGAUGGCAUUGAGUGCAACAAUGAGAUCCACAUUACAAGAGGAUGCUGACAAACCCUAUGGCAGUGGCAGUAGAUCCAGGCCUUCCUCCCGGCCAUCAUCAGUCUAUGGGCUUGACUUGUCACUAAAAAGAGAUUCUUCAAGCUCUUCUUUAAGACUGAAAGCCCAAGAGGCUGAACCACUAGAUGUUUCCUUCAGCCAUGCAGCCCCCUCUGGAAGAACUAAACCCACCAGUCUACCUAUAAGUCAGAGUAGGGGAAGAAUCCCAAUAGUAGCACAGAACUCUGAAGAAGAGAGUCCUUUAAGUCCUGUAGGCCAGCCUAUGGGAAUGGCAAGAGCAGCAGCUGGGCCAUUACCACCUAUAUCUGCAGACACAAGGGACCAGUUUGGAUCAAGCCAUUCAUUGCCAGAAGUCCAACAACAUAUGAGGGAAGAAUCACGAGCACGAGGCUAUGACCGGGAUAUAGCCUUCAUCAUGGAUGACUUCCAGCAUGCCAUGUCAGACAGUGAAGCCUACCACCUUCGCCGAGAAGAAACAGAUUGGUUCGACAAGCCCCGGGAGUCUCGUUUGGAGAACGGACAUGGCUUUGACAGAAGACUGCCAGACAAGCUAGCUCACUCAAGACCACCAAGUCAGCAUCAAGAUCAAAUAAAUGGGAAGCCUAUCCAAUACAUCUUUCCUCAUGCAAGGCUGAAACUAUCAAGGGACCCGAAGGAUCACUCAGUUUCAGGCAAUGGACUUGGAAUCCGAGUUGUAGGUGGGAAAGAAAUUUCUGGAACUAAUGGAGAGAUCGGUGCUUAUAUUGCUAAGAUCCUACCUGGUGGAAGUGCUGAGCAAACAGGGAAAAUUAUGGAAGGGAUGCAAGUGAUGGAAUGGAAUGGCAUUCCUUUGACUGCCAAAACAUAUGAAGAAGUCCAGAGUAUCGUCAGCCAACAAAGUGGGGAAGCAGAAAUAUGUGUAAGACUGGAUCUCAACAUUCUGUCAGAUGCCGAGAAUCAUCAGCAUUUGGAAUUGCUUGACCCACGAAAGGCUGUGGAUAAAACCAAAUCCCCAGGAGUUGAUCCUAAGCAGUUGGCUGCAGAGCUACAAAAGGUUUCUCUGCAACAAGCCCCUUUGAUUACCUCAUCAGCAAUGGAAAAGGGCUCCCACACUCAUUCUGGCACUACGUCAGCUACCUCCAGUUCCGUUCCCAGUCCUGGCCAGCCUGGUUCUCCUUCAAUCAGCAAGAAACGGCACAGCAGCAAGCAGCCCACUGAUAUCGCAAAGUCCAGUGCCCAUCCAAUUACAGGAGAAAUUCAGCUUCAAAUCAGCUAUGACAAGCACCUUGGUAACCUGAUCAUUCAUGUUCUUCAAGCAAGAAACGUUGCUCCCCGUGACAACAAUGGCUAUUCUGACCCUUUUGUGAAAGUCUAUCUUCUACCAGGAAGAGGCCAAGUCAUGGUUGUCCAGAAUGCAAGUGUGGAGAAUAAGAGGAGGACUAAAUAUAUGCAGAAAAGCUUGAAUCCUGAAUGGAACCAGACAGUCAUUUAUAAAAAUAUAUCCAUGGAGCAGUUGAAGAAGAAAACCCUGGAAGUUACUGUCUGGGACUAUGAUAGAUUCUCUUCCAAUGAUUUCCUUGGUGAGGUAUUAAUUGAACUAUCCAGCAUCUCUCAGUUGGACAAUACUCCUCGGUGGUAUCCUCUGAAGGAACAGAGUGAAAGCAUUGACCAUGGGAAAUCGCAUUCUGGGCAGAGCAGCCAGCAAUCACCUAAACCCUCUGUCAUCAAGAGCAGAAGUCAUGGAAUUUUCCCUGACCCAUCAAAGGCAGAUAUGCAGGUGCCCACCAUUGAAAAGUCCCACAGCAGUCCAGGAAGCUCCAAAUCAUCUUCUGAAGGACACCUGCGUAGUCACGGACCAUCCCGCAGCCAAAGCAAAACUAGUGUCACUCAAACUCAUCUCGAAGAUGCUGGGGCAGCCAUCGCAGCUGCUGAAGCAGCUGUCCAACAGCUCCGCCUUCAACCAACAGCACAUAAAAGCGGUCAGUCUAAUCAUGCAAGGAAGCAGCACAGACACAGCAUAGCAGGAGUCCUCCCAAUUCAAAGAACUCAGUCUGACAAUCUGCCUCCACCAGCCAGUGACAACAAAGACCAAAGCCAACUAGCCCUCAGGAAGGUGAUGUCCGAUGGACCGGUCAAGCCUGAAGGAGCAAGGGCUACCAACCACAGACCUGGAGAAAGCUCAGUCUCCACUGGCUCAUCAGCCAGUAGCUUUGGCAGCGGCUACAGUGUGGAUAGUGAAGGAAGCAACAUUACCACCACCACAGGGGAUAACAAUCUGUUUCCCAUUCCAAGAAUAGGAAAGAUGAACCAGAAUGGGCAAGAUCUAGUGAAGCAGUCAGGUGUUGGAUUAUCAGAGGCUGAAGGCAAAACCCAGGUGGGUGAAAUUAAGAUUGCUUUAAAGAAGGAAAUGAAGACUGAUGGUGAACAGCUAACAGUGGAGAUUCUUCAAUGCAGAAAUAUCACCUACAAGUUUAAAUCUCCAGAUCACUUACCAGAUCUGUACGUUAAGUUGUACGUUGUCAAUCUUGCUACUCAAAAGCGAGUGAUUAAGAAGAAAACAAGAGUAUGCAGGCAUGACCGAGAACCUUCAUUCAAUGAAACAUUUAGAUUCAGUUUGAGUCCCACUGGACACUCUCUCCAGAUUCUUCUUGUUUCCAAUGGAGGAAAGUUUAUGAAGAAGACUUUGAUUGGUGAAGCAUACAUUUGGCUUGAUAAAGUGGACCUCAGGAAAAGAAUAGUAAACUGGCACAAACUUUUGGUCAGCUCAACACAAACACAUUAAACAAAGAUGUCUUCUUGGGACAAAGUUUUGUGUGAUUCCAGAACUCUAGUUUGAUAUUGUGUUUAGCUCGGCUUUAAAAAUAUGGAGUCGGAAGAGCUACAAAGUACACUUCUGUGAGGGCUAGUCACACUUCUGUGAGGGCUGAUGUGUUAAUAAAACAGCAAAGAGAAAAACCAGCAACCCCCUGGGCAAAGAACAAGAAGAUUGAUCUUGAAGGCUCAGCAGGAGGUAAUCUCUGGUUCAGAAGGAAGAUCAUUUUAUGCAAAAAGGACCCAACGUGACUGCCUUUCACGGUCUCACUCAGAAGACUCAACCACUUUUGUCUGCACCUUAGAAUAUUUAACUGUUUACUAUCCUGAGGUGUUGCACCAGGCACCAUCGUGAGGUGCCCCAAUAGCAAAUAAAUUACAAUUAUUUUUAAAUGAUGGCUGUGUUUCAUAAAUUAAUUAUGAACGAAUUUCAGAAUGCAGAUCUAUGCAUUUCUACAUGUUAGUGCUGUAGAACUGCCAUCUGGGAAUGUAAAUUACAGAAACCUAGAAAGCUUGUCAUUUUGAUAGUUGUGAUUUUGGAAAGGGUAAUAUAAUUUGAGAAAUGGUAUUUAUUGUUUGGACAAAAAUGCUGUUCAGUAUCUUUUUGAGAUAGUAGUCUGCAAACAAACAUGGGGUUCAAGUCAACAUGGGGCUGAUUCUAAAACUUUUAAGCACUGAGAUGGCGAUUGUUCCUUCUUACUGUCUUACAUUUGUGAACUUGGGACUUUGUGUUUCAAACUGUCUGAUUAAAAAGUAACCCAAAUGUGACUUUCGAUCCAUCAUGCGGAAGUCACCCCACUCAUUUUGGGGGUUGUAGUUCAAUAGAAACACUUGAAGGAUGAAUACAAUGUAUCUCACAGUUGCUCCUGGUGUAACAGUAACUAACUGCAUGUAACUAGCUGCAUGUAUACAAAAGAUGUUUCACUUUGGAAAACGAAAAUAUUGAAGGGAAGUUUUCUGCAACAUUGCAUUAUAGUUAAAUGGCCAGGUUUUUCUUUUUAAAAGAACCAUUUCUAAAGUUUUAUAAGUCAUGUGUUGGAAGAUUUUCCUGAAGCUUUCAAAAUGAAGCUAAGAUCGUGGCUUGCAUAUGAACGAAGUGAAAGUGAUCAGAAAGUUUUUGUGUUCAAAGAUGACAAAAACAAUUAAUUCUCUUUACAGUACUCUGAUUUUAUAUCUUUAUGACAUAAAUUAGGCAGGUUAUUAUAUUUUACUUUUCAGGAAGAAUGGCUUAACAUCAAAAGCAAAUCAACACAAAAAUUUAAAGCUAAAACACACGGUUAGAUCCACAAUGAUUGAGAUGUGGUGGUUAUUUUAAUCAGUGAACCACUAAUCAGUGGUGAAACUGAAAUUUGAUUUAUACAUCCACAAUUCUGUACACCUUGGUUCAAUAUGUGAACCAACCAGAGGUUAACUGGUCUAAUUUGACCUUUCUAUCCCAAUUGAAAAAUAUAUAGUGAGAGAAUUGUGGAUGGAUGUCUUCUCAGAUUUCAGCUAUCCCAGUAAUUACUUCAUUUCACUCCAAUUUUUGGGAGCAAAUAUACCCCUCUCUCUCAAAAAAAAAGCUGCGUCAUGUGGGACAUUGAAGGUAUGUCCAAAAUCAGAGGUUUUGAUGUUUUCCAAAACAUCAAAUUUGAAUUACUAAGCAAAGUUAAAACGUCAUGAAAUAUGCAAUUUUGUGCAAACAGCUGGUAGUUUUGUUUUUGCUAUGAUUUAUAAUAAUGGUGGUGAAUAAUAUAGUAGUUGCCAUGGAGAUUUCCAACAGUAGAAAGCUUGCUAGAAAGCCUAUAUUUAUCAGUCUUAAAUGAUCACGCUGCUGUUUCAACAUACUAUUUUGUAGGUAUCAGAGUGAGGAAUUCAGGAGGAAGCGAAUGCUUCAAAUUAAUUACAGAUAUUUAUUAGCGACUAUUUUUGGCUUCGUUUUCUGCUCAUUUCAGCUCACCAAUCACCUCCUGUUAAUUACAAAAAAGCCUUGUUAGUAAGAUGGAGUCUGGGCAUUUAAAUUUAUCAGUCAGGACAGCAUGUUUUAAGCUUUUGGAACCAUAAUCACUAUAAUGUGCAUGUUCACUUGAUUGUAGUUAGACGAGGCAGGUUUUAUUAGCAAUGAAUUGCCUUUCCUUUCAUAGUUAUGUUCACAAAGGUCCAUCUAAUAAAUGUUUGCAUCACAACUGAGACUAAGAGAUGCCUCCAAAAUGUGCCAAGUUAUUUUUUGACCAAAAGUCUGGCUUGUACUGGAAUCAUUCUAUGCAACAAUAAAUCAUGUUGAAAUGCAGUUUCCUUCUUAUUAAUGGAGACAACAAAAUCCUUCUAGUGGCAAUCUUUUUAAAAAGGAAAUAAUCAUACAAGGACUUUUUUCGUUAUUUUGAUAUCUGCCCCCCCCCAUCUGUCAUAGAAAUGACUCUCAUGAGUUCAUUUGGAAAUAUGGCUUUCUGGUGGCACAAUGCGUUUUAUUUACAUUUUUCUCUACCCAUAAGUCUGAUGAGAGUAGAAAUCUCAUACAAAAAGCUUAAAAUGAGCUAACACACAGUAUGUUUCUGUUGUGACUUUUUAGUGAGCAGCAGCCAGCUAUGUUAUUUCCUUUAAUCCAAACAAGGCUUCUGUGAUGAAUGUUGAUCUCAUUGGUUAUCAUAAUCCUUUAAAGGGAUAGUAUCCAGGAACAAUAUAUUGCUUUAUUAUUAUAUCUUUACUAUUGCCUCCUAAAUUUCCUCCUUAUAUUGGUGCUUAUAUCAGAAGAAAUAUUAUAGCACAUGGGAAAAAAUGUUACAUUGUCAUUACAACCUCAUGUAAAAUGUUACAUUGUCAUUACAACCUCAUUGUCGAGUUACUUUUCUAUACAUUAAAUGGUUUGACUGGGGCAGUGGGAGGUGGGGUGAGUACUGUAGCUGGUAACCAGCUGAUAUUGCUUCCUUCUCUGAAGACGAAGUAAAAUGUAAACAGCUCUUAUAUUAUAUGUAAGCUAGCUUGCGAGAAUUAUUUAAUUAGUAUUGAGUUUCCUGGAAGCUCAAUUAAGAUCAAAUAGAUGUUAGUAUAUUUUUAUUAUUUUAGUAUUUGAAUUGUACAUGAUGCUAUCUCAAGUACUUAAUUUUCAUUGCUGUGUAAAACGUUCCACCACUUAUAUAUAAAUAGAUACAUCUAUAUGUGAGGAAAACAUGAACCUAAAUAAUCACAUCUUGUAGGUGGUGAGGAUACAGAAAGAAAAAGAACAUAUCAACCAACAUCAUGUUCAGGGAUUCUUCAUGUAUUCCUGGCCAUUUUUCAAGGCAGAAGCAAGUUCUUUACUAUUAUUCGAUUCAAAUAAUAUCUGGAUACUUUCUCUUUAAACCAUGGAUUGCAUGUUGAUGUUUUCUCCAUAUGCUUCUAUUAUUUACUUUGACAAGAAACAAAUGGGUUUUUAAACUAUGUGUUAUUUACAGAAUAACAAACUAGGUGACUUGAAAGACAGCAGUUUUCUUAAUUUGUUACUUUCUUGUAAAUAUGCAUUUUUGUAUUGAGAAACAAAAAUGAGUUUGGAUUCCAAAUCCCAUCUGACAUUCCAAGCAUGUCAGUGUCAAUACAAGUUGAUUGUAUCUUGUAUAGAUGUUAAGUGGCGUGCCCAGGUGCUCAGCAGUCACUGACUAACAUUUGUGCCAUCAUCCUGUUAGACAACAUGUACAGCAUACCUGAUAUUUGAGACGGGGGAAACCACUUGCCCUGGGAAUAAAAUUUAAAAAGUAACAACCACCAUCAGUAGUCCUUGAAGAUAUGUAAUAUUUCCACAACGAAUGUUGCAUGCAUCAAUGGUGGGUUGUUAAUAUAUCUUUUUCACUUGAAUGAAUUCUUUGAUGGUUUUUUCCCUUCUGUUUCACCAAGAAAACGUUAAAUACAAAAGUUGUUCUAAAAGUUGUACAAAAGGAAACAAACAAGAAAUAUGACAAAUUGUAUAAAGAGAAAAAUGCUUGUAAAGCUGUUGAUUUUCACUCUGUGUAUAAAAUCCAUGUCAUGGUUUUGUGAUUGUAUACAGGAUGUAACUUGAGAACUUAUGCAAAUUGUGUUGUAUAAAGACUGUUAAACUCAGUCUAAUAAAUAUUUAAAAUAUCUAC